GCACAGUUGACAGGCGACCGUGGCGCCGCCAACAACAAAAAACGACAAGGCCGAUCUAGUUUGUCUGUGGACAUGUUAAGUUUGGCUGUAAACGGGCACAAAUAGGCGUUUCGGUCGUAAGGAAUGGAUUCGUGACUCGAGGCUUGACGGUCCGCGCGCCCCCCAAAGGCCCCCCAUAGCGGAAACAGUGCGAGACGGAUCUGGCGGCGAUCGGCAGCGGCCAAGUCGAUUCGGCAGUCAGGGUGUAUUGAGUAGUUUUUACGGGUCCCGUCAGGAGCGAAUCGCUAUCAAAAACCGGAUCAAAAUUGGCCGAGAUCUAUUUUUAAAUGCGCCUUUCUGUUGUAUUCCAUUAAUAUCUAUCUGUCUCUACGGUCUGAGCUAUUUUCGCGAUCCCGCGGUGUAAAAAUAGCCGUCGUGUCUGCGGACAGUGCUGUGAGGAUGUUGCCGCGAGGCCAUUUUUCAACUCGACUUUUCGGCUAAUUAUUUUCGAUUUGUGCGAAUUUCGCGUGUGUUCAGUGCCCAGUUGUGUCCAGUUGGCUUGCGGGUAUUCGCUGCCGCCCACUUCCCUAAUACAGAACGGAUUUUCGGCCCCAAUCUUCGACCUUUUGAUUUGGUCGAGUUUAUCUGGACGGGGAUCUUCCGCCAGCCAGGAUGCGGCUUGCCAGGAACCUAAAGUGAUGGUGAGCGUCGAGUAGAGAGCGGACGCUGAAUCCAGCUGGAAUCUAGACCGAAUGGUCAAGAUCUGAGCCGUUUUCCAGCUAAAAUAACCACGGUGGCUUCAGGCCCGGAGUGUGGCCCCGUGGCCGCCGAUAAGGGGGCCGAUUGUUGGCCGUGCAGGUGGUCCCCUCUGGCGGCCAUGGGCUGUUUUGGAGAUCGGGACGCUGGUCAUGCCAAUGAGGACAUCCGAUCGCAGAAGCGCAUCAGCGACCAGAUCAACCGACAACUAGCCAAAGAGAAACAAGUGUACAGAGCUACGCAUAGAUUGUUGUUGUUGGGCGCUGGAGAGUCCGGAAAGUCGACCAUAGUGAAACAGAUGCGAAUCCUACACGUUGACGGCUUCAGUGAGCGUGAAAAAAAGCAGAAAAUCGAGGACAUUAAGAAGAACAUUCGAGACGCCAUUAUCACCAUAACGGGGGCAAUGUCGACGCUCAGCCCGCCCGUUCCUCUAGAAAAGUCGGAAAAUCAGGUGCGCGUCGAUUGGAUCCAGGACGUGGCGACCGGGCCCGACUUCGAUUACCCAUCCGAGUUUUAUGAACACACCGAGGCUCUCUGGAAGGACAAAGGCGUGCAGUCGACAUACGAGCGUAGCAAUGAAUAUCAGCUGAUCGACUGCGCCAAGUAUUUCCUGGACCAGGUGGACGUGAUCAAGCAGCCCAACUACACCCCCACUGAGCAGGACAUUUUGCGCUGUCGCGUCUUGACUAGCGGAAUUUUUGAGACGCAAUUUCAAGUGGACAAAGUCAACUUUCACAUGUUUGAUGUGGGCGGUCAACGUGACGAGCGUCGCAAAUGGAUUCAGUGCUUCAACGACGUGACCGCCAUCAUUUUCGUGACGGCGUGCAGUUCAUACAAUAUGGUGUUGCGUGAGGAUCCGACUCAGAACCGGCUCAAAGAGUCUCUCGAGCUGUUCAAGUCGAUCUGGAACAAUCGCUGGCUCCGAACCAUAUCCGUGAUUCUGUUCCUCAACAAGCAGGAUCUGCUAGCCGAGAAGAUUCUAGCAGGUAAGCAAUCACAAUGCAAAAGUAAACUAGAAGACUACUUUGCGGAGUUCACGAGGUACCAGCCGCCAUCCGAGGUACCCAACGAGAAUAACGAACAUCCCGAAGUGUUCAGGGCCAAGUACUUCAUUCGUGACGAGUUCCUGCGCAUCAGCACAGCUUCAGGUGAGGGCAAACACUAUUGCUACCCGCACUUCACCUGCGCAGUAGACACGGAAAACAUUAAGCGAGUGUUCAACGACUGUCGGGACAUCAUUCAGCGCAUGCACCUGCGCCAAUACGAGCUGUUAUAACCGCCCCCAAGUAACCACCAAAUGACCACCGCCAACAUUUCAUCUGUUCGUCUGGCUGAUGAUUUUCCUGCCGCUGCUGCUGCCGCCGCUUCUCUUCAAGGUUGUCUGCGACUUUCCAGCCAUGCCAGAUUAUACGGGUAAACGAUCUUCUCACGGAGGGAGGGAUUUCUUGGGCUGACUAUGAUGACUGUGUACAUGAGUGGCAUGGAUGUGGGCGAUUUAUACAGUGGGGUCCAAAGGGACAAUCAGUAGCCGCUUAGAGGGGUAAUCGUGGCGCUUGAACGCGGGCUUCGAUGAUUUUUGCUUUGAGUCCCCCGCACAAGUCCGGACGGACUGUGGAGCCGAGAAAUCGGCGCCCAUCCUGUAUAAACGGGCCCUGUAAAGACGGCCAUGACGGGAUUAGGACAUGAGUGACAUGGAUGCUUGUUGAGGCCCAAAGAUUCUGACAAAUCCGCACUGAACCUUUUCUCCCCCCACCUUCAUUAGUUUAUCGAUGUUCUAGACAGGCAUUCCCUGUGUAUCCUAAUUAAGGUUCUGUAUAUUAGGCCCUAAGACAAGGUGCAAACAGUCGAUACUGUCAACAAUUGGAGCACUUUGGUUUCAUUUUUACGCACCGAUAGUGGGCGCGUGGUUUUUCGCUUGUUCACAACAACAGUCGCUGUCAAUUCCUCACAAAACAAGCGACAAAAAAUCGCCCAGAGAAUUAAUAAACAAAAAUCAGUAGGACCAACUUAAUGCAACGCAAACAUUUAACUGAAUUACCUCAGGUGAGGCAGGUCGAGCUGGAUGGGGGCGAUAAUCCGGCUCGCACGCUUGGUUAUCGCCAAUUCAGAUUACGGAAGGACAAUUUCGAAUCUCCACUAAUAAUUAUUGCAUAGUACAAAGGCCCCACUAACUACCGAAACGAUCUUCAUUGUUAAACCCUGCCCGAAUGGACUUUUUUUCAUCGCCCCGAUUUGACCGAUCAGGUCCCGUUUGCCUAGUCGAAGUGCAAAAGUUGGAACUUUUUCCCCUCCGGCUACUAGUCCUUGUUUUCUAUCUAACUAGACAUGGGAGUGGAAGCGAGCGAGCGUCUGUGCGAGUGUCUGCAUGCGUGCGUGUAUAUUUAAACAACCCUGAGGAAGUUUGGCGUUCGAAACGUCGUGAUAAAUUCAGUAAUCGAAAGUUAAGGUUCCUCUCGCCCGAUCGAUGUGAUGUGAAUUUUCGUCUCUUUGAAGCUUGGGACUUAUUUCAAUUUUAAAUGUUUUAGAUGGUACAUAUUAUGAAACAUACAUAGACCAGUGAAUUGUGUUUUUAUAUAGUGAACUAGCGAAUAUCAGUGUCAGUGUACAUUUUCCCACACACACACACACACCACAGAUUUCAGUGUAUGUACAUUUAUUUCAGUGUGACGAGGCUCAAAGGGCCGGCUAUCCUCUUCUGCGUAAGCGGCAUGAAUUCUUAGCCGGGCGGUUGUUGCACGUGCCACCCUGUAUAUAUAUUGAGCGCGGAAUUCUGCAUGCCCACAUUUUCGAUUCUCCUUUAGCCAUAAACUCGUUCAGAAAGGUGCCAAAAACCAAUGACAAAAUUGAUCGAUCGAAUCCGGCCCCUUUUUGCCUCCAACGUGCGAACCGGAACUGUUCGGUCAGAAAAUCCGCGUUCGAACAAACUGAGCUGUUGUGUUUGAUUUUGUUUUGUUUCGUUGCUCUUGACUUGGAAAUUAUUCAACGGAAAUGUCAUUUAAUUGUUGUUUAUACAGUGUGACCCAUUUUUUAUCGAUGUAACGGCUGCACAAGCGAACACUGUGUUUGACUGGAUUUAUUCAUACCCUUUAGUGCCAUUAACCAGUUUGUGGUGGGUGAGCUACAAAAAUGUAUUCUGGCCUGGACUGACUGCUCAACCGUUAAUGUGUGUUAACGUUUCGAACCUAUUAGCCAUCCUCAACCGGAUUUUCAUUUCUCCUUCGUGAGCUAAGCCCAGUUGAUGAGCGCUUUGUCUGGUUGAAAGUACUACUGAUUAAAGGCAGCUAACCAGUUAGGCGUAAUUCAUUAUCGCGUCCGUUAAAGCUAAUGGCGUAACAGCCACCAAAAACAUUACUUUAGUUUUUGGGCAAAAACCAUCAAAUUUUAAGAAAAACACUAUAAACCGAAAAGUGUUCAAACGACUCAAGCUUGACUGCAAAUAUGUAUAUCUGCAGGAGGAAACCAGUGCUGGUUGACAAGCUGUAGACGGAAAAAACAUUGGAUUGCCGCUUCGCCUGUGUUCAAAGUACCGCUAGUACUUGAGCGCAAGUAAAAUGGGAGAUUUUAGUUUGUUUUAUCGAAAGUCGCAUUCAUUGGGAACUUUUCUGCCUCUUAAAUAUUUUUGCAAGAAGCGACAGUUUUUGAGUGAAAUAAUCAGGAGGAACUCUUUCUCACGUCUCCUGAAGCUGAUGGCUUAACAGCAGCCAAAUCACUAUAGUGUUUUUUGCUCUAAAACCAUCCAAGUUUCGGAAAAACCUCUAGAACCCAAAAAGUGUCCAAACGGCUCAAGCAUGUUUGUUUGCAAAAAUGUAUGUUUGUAGGAAGAAUAUUCUGCCGGUUAACGAGCUGCGAGCAAAAAAAGAACGACUGAUUGCCAGUUUGUGUUGAAACUAAUAUACUAAUUCAAGGCAGCUAAAAUGGGGAUUUCUGUUUGUUCUAUAGAAAGCGACAUUCAUUUGGCCACUUUUGUCUUAAGUGUUUUGGCCCAAAGCGACGGUUUUCGAGCAAAACAAUUAGGCACAAUUCUUUGUCGCGUCCCUUAAAGCUAAUGCCUUAACAGCCAAACCAAAACACUACUUUAGUUUUUGCUCAAAAGCCGUCAAAUUUUCCGAAAAAACACUAUAAACCGAAAAAUGUUCAAAUGACUCAAGCUUGACUGCAAAUAUAUCUGCAUGAGGAAACCAGUGCUGGUUGACAAGCUGUAGACAGAAAAAGAACAUUCCAUUUGCCACUUUGCCUGUGUUCAAAGUACCACUAGUACCUGAGCGCAUGUAAAAUUGGGAUUUUAGUUUGUUCUAUGGAAAGCCGCAUUCAUUGUGGCUCUUUUUUGCCUCUUGAAUGUUUUUGAUAAAACCCAUAAUUUUGACAAAGGAAAAACUAAUUUCACUCUUUUCGAAGCGAGCUAAACACUAAUUGCCUACUAGUUUUGCUCUUAAACAAGUUCCUCAACUCAGUUCAAGUGUUCAACUUUUCCCUCCUUGGGUGUUUUGGUUGAAAGCGAUGGUUUUCCAGCAAAAAAUGAAGUAAAACUUCGCCUCUUAACGGCUCUUAAGUGGCUAACGGACAACAACGUCGCUUUAAUUUUUGGUUCAAAAACCAUCCAAGUUUCAAAAAAGACUGUGAGUGUGAGUUCAAAAAUAUUCCGAAUAACUGAAACUUGCUGGCACAUUUUUUGCAGGACACGCAAAAAUUACUCGCUCUUCCUAGAUGCGAACAAGGCACCUAAAGCGCGUGUUGAAUGAAUCCAAAAAACACAGUGUUUCCCGUUAGCAGUUCCCAUUGAAAAAUGUGAUACAGUGUAUGUAAUGUUACUUUUACACAUGUUAACCUAUUUUUACAUAGAACCUUUUUAUAUUUAUUUUUUGUUAUUUAUCAGCUAGUGCAAUAUGUUUACUUGUAGAACACGUGUGAGCUGAGGGGGACUGGCAGCACCUGAUUGGCCAUUUCAUAGCCGUGCAGCGCCUAUCGAGUGGCAUUAAGGGGCCCCAAGCACCCCCUUUGGCACCCCAUAGUUAAGUUUAAGAUAUUUUGUACAAUCAGCAGAGAAAUGUCCCCGGGGCCCAUGCACAAGUCGAGGACAUUGCCAACAAAUUCACCCUGGUUUUUCAGAUACAUUUCGUCCCCGCCCCCAUUUCCCUAUAUAGCGAGUUGUUUUGUAAAGUACUUAAAAGGUAGUUGAAACGCAGAAUUAAUAAUAUACGUAAGGUAAAUUAAUUGAACGCGCCUAUGGGCUCGAUUGGCGGAUUUUCGGCCGGCAAUUUGGCUGUUGGCCUUUACGUGUGCCACCCUCUUGGGCCAUUGAUCCUGCUCGUGGCUGUAAUUUACAUUUAUCUUUAAUUUUGUGUUCGAAAACCCGGAUUAUUGGCCAAAUGGGGCGGACGGCGGAUUAAGCCGACAGUCGAUUUGCCACAAUCUAGUCGGGCUUUAAUGCGCGAUUACUACAAAAAAUGAAAAAAUUGAAAGAUUCUUAUGUGGAUUUUUUUAUUCGCUUAAAUGACGCUGUAUAGUGAUGCGUUCCACUUGCGCUGGACACGUUUAUGUUUAACAGAUGGUAGAUUUAAGGGCAUUAUUCAUUUUUGUAUUGUUUAGGUUAAGGCAUUGUGUAUAUAUACGUGGUGCAGCACCGUGGAACUGAUGGAAGCUUUGUAUUUAAUGAACCUUUGACUAACGCGCGUUUCAUUGUGCUGUACUGGAGAUCUCUAAAAUUCGGCUCAAAUUGUAGCUUGUCAUGAUUUGCGAACGUCUAGUAUACAGUGUCGUUUAAAACAAAAAACUGUACUAAGGAAUAAAAAGUGUUAAGUAUAUGGUAAGAA